UCUGUAUUCCCGCUGGCAACUAUGACUUCUACUGCUUGAGCGAUUCUCCCUCCUCUUGUCUCUCUCUUCUUCUCUGCCCUCUAGUCCGUUAAACCCUAACCCUAAUCUAUAACUCAUACCCUCAACGACCUAUACCCACGUCACAAUCCCUAUGCUAUAACACAACCCAAUUCGACAACAUGCUUCCUCAAUCCUUCAUAGUACUUUCUCUUCUUCUGUGUUCUUUGUCAACCCAUUUCUGGGUAUUAAAAUCUGAGGAAUCAUCUAUAUACGAUGUUCUUCGAUCCAAUGGGCUUCCUAUGGGUUUGCUUCCAAAGGGUGUGACGGACUUCACUUUGGACGAUUCUGGAAACUUUGAGGUCCAUUUGGAUCAGGCUUGCAAUGCCAAGUUUGAGAAUGAAUUACACUACGAUACAAAUGUUUCUGGCAAUUUGAGCUAUGGGCAGAUCGAUGGGUUGUCUGGUAUUUCUGCCCAAGAUUUGUUUCUGUGGUUCCCUGUGAAGGAAAUUCGGGUUGAUGUACCCACUUCUGGAUUGAUUUACUUUGAUGUUGGUGUUGUCUCUAAGCAAUUUUCUCUGUCUUCCUUUGAAACGCCGCGGGAUUGUAUGGUUGCUCAGCUGGAUGAUCUUCAAAGUGGGAGGUCCAAAGCUGAGACUUUAUCUAAGGGUCAACUGGCUCAGCUCCGAUACCGACUUCAUCAGAAAGCAUUCUCAAGGGCUAUUUUGUGAAUUGUGAGGGUCUAAGAUGAUGAUUCAGGAUGCACAACAACCAAUCAAGUCAGGAGUUCUAUUCAUUUCAGAGUGCUUGCUUGCGGUUUCUUGUAUAGUUCAGCCUUCAGAGUCUGGAAAGUAGUCUUCCCAGCUCCUUGUCUAGGCAAAAAUUACUGGUGAAUUGGAUUGUGAAGAAGGUCAGCAGAAGGCAAUAUGAAAGUCAUCGGCAUCUUAGAAAAGGUUAAAAAGACGCAUGAUGUAUGGAUACAGGAGCAUCGAGUCAGGGUGAUAAAACUGCACAAGUUUGUUUUGUAAAUUGAAUUCAUUAUGAAUGUGGACAUAAAAAUGGUUGUUGAUUCGAUUCUCUUUUUGUAGUACUAGUGUUAGACAAUGAGAUAUACAUACUUCC